AUGGGAGGCGAGGUCCUCGCACCAGGAACCGAGAUUGAAAUCCAUAGCCCUCGGCCAGUUAAUCCUCAGUGUGCCCGCAGCGCUGUCAUCGUCACCCAGGAUGGCCGGAAUCUUUUUGUCCCCGUCACUGUUGACCAAGAAGGCACCACCAUUAGAAUUUGCACUGAUGAUCUGGGCCAUGGCAGCAUUUACAAGUUGAUGAGUGUGAAUCGGGUAUUUCUUGACGACCGCACUGGGCUCAACGACCUGGUCAACUCGGAAGCGAUAGGUCGCGCAGCUCCGGCUCAAGCCCUUGGAUACACGGGACUGGGGGUCCGUGUUGCCGUCUUUGAAGCUGGACCUUCCGAUCUCACCUACCUUGCGUUCGACGGCAGAUAUACCGAAAGCCCUGAAGGGAAUGACCACGCACGCCUGACUAGCGCUAUUAUCAAAAACGUCGAGCCUGGGAAGCCGCACGGCUACGCCCCGAACUGCUCCCUUUAUUCCGCUAACAGUUAUGACAAUGCCGUAUUGCGAUGGGCGGACCGCAAGCUUCCCGAGCUGGCUGCCAAUGGCACGGGGGUUACUGCCGUGGGACUGACCAUGUCUGGCACUAGCUUCUCGGCCUCGGCCGUGGCAGGAACAGCUGCUCUACUCCAGCGCGUCAACUUGACGCUGAAGUCCUGGCCCGAGGGCUGCAAAGCUAUCCUCCUGGCCAGCGCCGGUCCCACCGUCAGCGGCGACACUUGGGCGGAAGACAAUCUCCGGGGCAUCGAUCAGUCAGAUGGGUCUGGUGCUCUGAAUGCCGAGAUAGGCGUGUUGAUUGCUCAGCACCGCCAAUGGCGCGAUCUGCCACCUGCUCCUCGCGGCUGGGACGUUGGUUCCCUGAAGGAUAACGAUUUCGCUAGCCAGUCCAUGUCCAAGUUCUUCUACAAGGUGGCGGUCCCCGACCCCGACCCUGCCAUUGCCAGAAACAUUUAUACAGUCAAGGUAGCCUUAGCGUGGGAUGCCAAAUUCCCAUCCAACGUCACCAGAGUGCAGAGUCCAACCAUAACCUUCCUCCUCGCUAUCUACAAGAGUAAUGGUGGCCGUCCGGGCACCCAGAAUGUGAAGCCUGUCGCUCAUAUUAUAGCAAAGCCCCAGCCAGGGACCAGUGAAUACUGUUUUGCUCUGUUUACUGAUGUGGGUAACAUUGAGCCAUUGUUCGCAAUAGCUCUGUGUUAG